GCGCGUUUGGCGGAUUCCAGUCAGAAUCUCAGCUGAGAGAAACAGCGUUUGGCGGGAAAAUCACAGAAUCGUCUGCGCUGAGUCUGAGAGAAACAACGUUUGGCGGGAAAUGGAUCUGAUGACGCGGGAACUCUUGUUCUUCUUCCUGGCAGCAGUUUGCGUGCAGGCCAGUCCGCUGGGCAAGACUGGAGCAGACCACGAUAUCGAUGGAUUCGACUUAGCGGCCAAGGACGUGGAGGUCUUCUACAGGCCCGAGAAUCCGGAUUCUGGAGUUCCGGAGAAGCGAUGGGGAGGGGCGUGCCUGGGCUGCCCUCCGGACCCAAUCCUGAUAUCCGGACGAGCUUCUCCGGAUUCCGAAUCCACCUUACCGGAAAAUCCACACCACGAGAGUCCGGAUUCCGGAGUUCCAGAGAAGCGGUGGGGAGGAGCUUGUCUCGGCUGCCCUCCGGACCCAAUCCUUAUAUCCGGGCGGGCUUCUCCGGAUUCCGGAACCAACUUACCGGAAAAUCCGCACCACGAGAAUCCGGAUUCCGUACCACAAGAGGUUCCGGAGAAUCUACAGCCAGUGGCUCCGGAUUCCGGGCGAUCGGAUGUGCCACAGAAACGGUGGGGAGGGGAGUGCCUCGGUUGCCCACCCGAUCCCAUCAUUCUCCUGGGGAAGAGAAAACGAUCCGCGUAGCCGGGAGGCUCAGCAUGACCAUCAUCUUCAUGGCGGUCAGCACCGUGCAAACUAGAAUUGACCGACACGGACACCGAACGGACUGUUCCUAACUAAAGACGUGUUUCUCUUAGUGUAGACUUUACCAAAUGGGCUGGUCCUAACUUAUGUUCUAACAAAUGUAACGUUACUUCUCUUGGUGUUAAGGUCACGAUCUUUCUUUUGAAACGGUUGUAAGAUGACAUAAAGCCAGAGUAUUCCUCAACCAACAGCCAAAGACUGCAUGCACUAUUGAAAAAUCUACAAUUUAAUGUAUCCCGUCAUAACUUGCAUUAAAAACGGUAUACAAGAUCA